GGGGUCCGGAAGCGGCAGUGAGGCCGGCGGGAGGUGGCUGAGGAGGCGGCGGGAAGGGAGUCGCUGUUGCCGCUAGCGGCUGCGCCCGCGGCAGCGAGAGGGGCUGACAGCGGUGCCGGCCCCAGCCCCGCCAGAAGUGGCUGCUGCAGUGGCGGUUCUACACGGGCUCUGCCGAGGUGGCGCCUUGGCAACGGUCGCGCCCUGUCGGGCUGUAAGAUGGCGGCGGCGGGCGGGGGCAGUAGUGUGAACCCCUUCCUCAGCGACUCUGAGGAUGACGAGCUGGAAGAGUCUAGGCCCGGCGGCGGCAGCAGCAGCAGCAACGAGCCAGGCUGCCCGGCGUAUCCGCAGCAUCAUCAGGAGACGGCAUCCACGGGGAGCCCUGAGGAACUGCCGGGUUUGCGUACGGCGGCGCCGGUCGAUGGCGGCAGCGAUGCGGGGGCGGGCGGCGGUGCCGGCGCGGGGGAGCCGCCGCGGGUGCCGAUGGACGCGAUAGCAGCGCAGCUUCUGCGGGACCAAUUCUUGCUGACAGCACUGGAGCUGCACACGGAGCUGCUGGAGAGCGGCCGGGAACUGCCUCGGCUCCGCGAUUUCUUCUCUAACCCGGGCAACUUCGAGCGGCAGAGCAGCACACCGCCCACCGGUGGGGCCCUGGGCAGCCUGGGCGGCGGCAGUACGCUCGGGGGAGCAGGCAGCAGGGAACCCGGGUCUGGGCAGCUCAAUCGUGCUGGAAGCAUCAGUACUCUUGAUUCGUUAGAUUUUGCAAGAUACUCUGAUGAUGGCAAUAGGGAGGCAGAAGAAAGAGUAGCAGUCCUGGAGUUUGAACUACGGAAAGCCAAGGAGACCAUACAGGCCCUCCGAGCCAACCUGACUCAGGCUGCAGAAAAUGAAGUUCCUUUGCAGGAACGAAAAAAUUACAAAUCAAGUCCUGAAAUUCAGGAGCCAAUCAGACCUCUUGAGAAAAGAGCUCUAAACUUCCUAGUUAAUGAAUUUUUAUUGAAGAAUAGUUACAAGCUUACAUCAAUAACGUUUUCAGAUGAAAAUCAUGAUCAGGAUUUUGAACUUUGGGAUGAUGUAGGAUUGAACAUUCCAAAACCUCCCGACCUGUUACAACUCUAUCGUGACUUCGGAAACCAUCACGUUACUGCGAGAGAUAUGGUAGAUGUGUCAGUUGGUGUGGAAGAUGAUGAGUUAGAGGCUGCUACUCCUGUACUUGGGAGCGUCCCUGUGUUUGAAACACCACAGUCAAUAGAACAAUGUUUAAUAGUGCAAAAAUUAGAAGAUCAAAUUAGUGUGCUAAACAAUGAGAAAUGGUCUUUGAUGGAACAAAUCCAAAGACUUGAGAGUGAAAUAGAUAUUCUCAAGAAUGAAAACUUUGCUGUGUCAACAGUUUAUGGUGUAGCUCCCCAACCUUCUUUAAAACAAGUGCCUCUCACAGUCUCGGAGGACAAUGGACGGUACUUGGAUAUUAAGAGCUCUGAGAGUGACAAUAAACAUGGAAACACUGAGGAGACCAACCUUUCUUUAUCAACUGAAGUGGAUUCAAGGACUUCUAAGGAUGGUCUGCUAAGUUCAGUGCCCCGUAAAGAAUUGGAGAAACUGUCUUCUUGUGCUCCAUCGACUAAAGCUGCAGUCCACUUCGAUAAACCCAAUAGGAAAUUGUCGCCAGCUUUCCAUCAAGCACUACUGUCUUUCUGUCGGAUGUCAGCAGACAGCCGUUUGGGAUCAGAGGUGUCUCGGAUUGCAGACAGUGAAAAAAGUGUCAUGUUAAUGCUGGGACGCUGCCUGCCUCACAUUGUUCCUAACGUGCUGCUUGCAAAGCGAGAGGAAUUGAUCCCACUCAUACUGUGUACAGCCUGCCUUCAUCCUGAACCCAAAGAGAGAGAUCAACUGCUCCACAUACUGUUCAAUUUGAUCAAACGACCAGAUGAUGAGCAAAGACAGAUGAUACUGACUGGGUGUGUGGCAUUUGCUCGACACGUUGGACCAACACGUGUAGAAGCUGAGCUUUUACCACAGUGCUGGGAACAGAUAAACCACAAAUACCCAGAGAGGCGGCUACUGGUAGCAGAAUCCUGUGGAGCACUUGCACCUUAUCUUCCAAAAGAAAUUCGUAGUUCAUUAGUCCUUUCCAUGCUGCAACAAAUGCUAAUGGAGGAUAAGGCAGACCUGGUACGAGAAGCUGUGAUCAAAAGCCUUGGCAUCAUUAUGGGGUAUAUUGAUGAUCCAGACAAAUACCAACAGGGCUUUGAACUGCUGCUUUCCGCUUUAGGAGACCCUUCAGAACGUGUAGUUAGUGCCACACAUCAGGUAUUUUUACCUGCUUAUGCUGCCUGGACAACAGAACUGGGAAAUUUACAGUUCCAUCUUAUACCUACACUGCUUAAUAAAAUCGAAAAAUUGCUCAGGGAAGGAGAGCAUGGCUUGGAUGAACAUAAGCUCCACAUGUAUCUGUCUGCUCUGCAGUCAUUGAUCCCUUCACUGUUUGCACUGGUGCUGCAGAAUGCACCUUUCACAAGCAAGGCUAAACUUCAGGGAGAAGUACCUCAAAUAGAAGUCACUAGAUUUCCCCGGCCUGCAUCACCUCUUCAGGACGUGGCCAUCAUCAUUGGAAGCCGUGAACAAUUAGCAAUGUUGUUGCAACUCUAUGACUAUCAGCUGGAACAUGAGGGUACCACAGGCUGGGAGACUUUGCUAUGGGUAGUCAAUCAACUGCUACCACAGCUUAUAGAAAUUGUUGGCAAGAUCAAUGUAGCAUCAACUGCCUGUGUCCAUGAGUUCUCUAGAUUUUUCUGGAGACUUUGUAGGACAUUUGGGAAAAUUUUUACAAACACUAAGGUAAAACCACAGUUCCAAGAAAUUUUAAGACUCUCUGAGGAAAAUAUAGAUUCCACCUCUGGAAAUGCAGUGCUAACAAAAGCCACAGUUCCCAUCUAUGCAACAGGGGUUCUUACAUGUUAUAUUCAGGAAGAAGACCGUAAGCUAUUAGUUGGAUUCUUAGAAGAUGUAAUGACCAUGCUUUCACUAUCUCAUGCUCCUCUUGAUAGUCUGAAAGCUUCCUUUGUGGAACUGGGUGCAAACCCAGCUUAUCAUGAGCUGCUAUUAACUGUCUUAUGGUAUGGAGUUGUCCAUACUUCUGCUCUUGUUCGAUGUACAGCUGCUAGAAUGUUUGAGCUGACUCUUCGAGGCAUGAGGGAAGCCUUAGUUGACAAGCGGGUUGCUCCGGCCCUUGUUACCUUGUCCAGUGAUCCUGAAUUUUCAGUAAGGAUUGCAACAAUUCCUGCCUUUGGGACCAUCAUGGAAACUGUUACUCAGAGAGAGCUUCUGGAAAGAGUAAAAAUGCAACUGGCAUCUUUCCUGGAGGACCCUCAAUAUCAAGACCAACAUUCUCUACAUUCAGAAAUCAUAAAAACAUUUGGAAGAGUUGGACCUAAUGCUGAGCCCAGAUUUAGAGAUGAAUUUGUUAUUCCACACUUGCACAAGUUAGCCUUGGUCAACAACCAACAGUCUGUGGAUUCGAAGAGACUGGAUAUUGCUACCCACUUGUUUGAAGCCUACAGUGCUCUUUCCUGUUGUUUUAUUUCAGAGGAUUUAAUGGUCAAUCACUUUUUACCAGGACUCAAGUGUUUACGAGCUGACAUGGAACAUCUCUCACCAGAGCAUGAGGUUAUUUUAAGCUCCAUGAUAAAAGAGUGUGAACAGAAAGUUGAAAACAGGACCGUCCAAGAACCACAGGGCUCCAUAUCGAUUGCAGCAAGCCUGGUGAGUGAAGACACGAAGACCAAGUUCUUGAACAAAAUGGGCCAGCUGACUACAUCAGGUGCAAUGCUGGCUAAUGUCUUUCAGAGGAAGAAGUAAGACAGGGGAAGGAACUUGCAGCUAACACUAAGGUGGACCUCACAGAGACUGGUUCCUGUACUUGAAUUACUUGCCUUUUAAUUUCUUCUGUCUUACGUUCUUGUAGUAUAAUUCGAUUCUAACCUCCAAAGAUAUUUGCACUGCUUUUGAAUAUCGCUGUGUAUCUGUUCCUUUUGGGUUAACUGUGGGUGGUAUGAAACUGAAAUCAUAGUCUGUACCAAGUCCCUGGUCUGUGUUCUUGUCUUUCCAGCAUCAUUUUUUUAAACAUAUAAAUAUAUAUAUAUAUAUAGUGGAAGGAUUGGUUGGUUUGGUUUCUCUUUUUUGUUUUAAUUUCCUGACAGGAUAUCAGCAAAUAUCUGUAUUAUACAUGGAGCUAUUAUGACGGUACUUAAAAUAAUGUAAAUUUGAAGUCAUUGUCAUGAGGUAAUAAAAGUGGAGAUUCCUUAUGUAUUUAAAUUAUGAAAGAGUAAUGCAGAUUUUUUUAUUAUGUUUCUAAAAAGAGGAGGAAGAGCCACCAGCAUUUGUCUGUGCUUCUAGGCUUGUUUUUAUAAGCAUUGUGCGUCUUGAAUCCAGAGGAAUUGCGGUUAUCUAAUGUAUGAGACUGGUUGCACUGUAUCAGUCUGCAGGAAAUGCUCAUGUUUCAGAUGCUUUAUGCUGACAUUGUAAAUGCUGUACAAAGUCCUUCAGAUAAAAUUCUCACAUCUGUUGUGGGUAGGGGGGUUGUUUGAGGGUUUUGUUGUUGUUGUUGUUUUUUGUUUGAGGGAUGUUUUUGUUCUGUUCUGUUUUGAAGCACUUUACCAAGCAUUCUACACACAUCCAGAGGCACAUCCACUAAGUAAAGAAAAAACAUAAUAAAUUACUUAGUGUGGACAAAUGUAUAAGCUACUAUACAGGGGUCUCAGUACAGUUCUGCAGGCAGAGGAAACCUAUGCAGGAGAAAGAGUGCUUUCAUCUUGCAGUCAGCAUGCAGUUCUGUGUACUGUGAAAGCUGAAAUGAAGCUGUUUUGCGGUUUCAAUUUAAUUUGGGCUCAAAUUUCAUUUCAGAGUGUUUGAGAAGGUAUUAAGAUGAAAGCUAAAAUUAAUCUGUUUUGCUGUUUAGAUUGAGUCUGGGCUCAAACCUCAUUUCAGAGUAUUUGAAAAGGUGUUAAAAGGGUUCAACCUGCAGUUUGUUUAGGUGGGCUGCUUACAAGGAGUAUCUCAAACAAUUAGCAAUUAUUUUUGUUAGCAAGGAAGCAUUAACAACUAAAUCCUUUUAUUCAUGUGCAGCACUUUUUUCCCCCUCUUCUUAAAGUCAAUGUAAGCUUCCUAAAGUAAACUCAAGUGCAUGCAUGAACUGGUAUGAGGUAGCAAAAUAUAAAAGCUCAGGCAUUCUCUGAGGUGGUACCAUUCAGGUGUCAUUAACAUCUCUGAGGACAAGGGAAUCGACAAGAGUUAGGGAAGAAAGAAUUCUGAAAGAGAAUAGGGGUGGAGUAGCGCUUUGGGUGUUGUCCUUAGAUGGAAAUAAUGGAGAUGAUUUGAGACUACCUGCUUCAUGUCUCUGCCUGUCGGCUCUGCAUAUACAGUUGCCUGCCACGUUUGUGUUGUGACAGCGCCUGCUGCACACCUGCACUGUCAGUCCCUUUACACUGCACUGAUGAAAUAUUUUUCUUGAGAUUACAGCCAGCUCCAUGCCUUCCUUUUGCUUGUUGCCAUGAAAGUAUACUUUUAGCAGACUGACUGUGAAAUUCCUGGAGACAUUCCUGAGGAAUGGGAAGUGGUGACAUUCCUCUCUAUUGUUCCGUUGUCAAUAAAAUGUUUUCUAUA